CACUGCCUUUGCCCUCGCUGUCACGCUGUGGUCACUUUGAAGCAGCCAGACCUCAGGCACGAUGUUCAGCAUCAAGGUGCUACUACAGAAACUCCUGAUUCUUUUGCAGGUUACUCUGUCUGUUGUUGUUGGUAAAACCAUGAUGAUCCUGUUCCCCGACACCAUGAAAAGAUACAUCCUAAAGCUGGGAGAAAAGAGCAGAAUGAAUCAGAACCCAAAGUUCAGCUACGAAAACUGGGGGCCGACUUUUUUCAGCUUCCAGUAUUUGCUCUUUGUGCUGAAAGUGAAGUGGAGGAGGCUGGAGGACGAAGCCUACGAGGGACACCCUGCUCCCAACACACCGGUGGUGGCUCUAAAUGGGGAGAUCCGGCAGCUCUUGAGUUUCAUGCGAGAUAACCGACCUUUAAUCCUCAAUUUUGGAAGCUGCACCUGACCUUCAUUUAUGUUACACUUUGAUGAGUUCAACAAACUUGUCAAAGAUUUCAGCUCUGUAGCAGAUUUCCUUAUCAUCUACAUUGAAGAAGCCCACGCAGUAGAUGGAUGGGCCUUCAAAAACAAUGCUGUUAUUAAAAAUCACAGAAGCCUUGAGGACCGAAAAACUGCAGCACAAUUUCUUCAGCAGAAGAAUCCCUUAUGUCCAGUGGUUUUAGACACAAUGGAAAACCUGAGCAGUUCAAAAUAUGCAGCACUGCCAGAAAGACUGUAUGUACUUCAAGCAGGGAAUGUUAUCUACAAGGGAGGAGUGGGGCCUUGGAAUUACCACCCCCAGGAAAUACGCACCGUCCUGGAAAAAAUGAAAUAGAAAGAAGAGGACAUCAGAGCAAAGACCAUCUGGAUGUAAAAGCUCAAUGGAUCGGUUUUCAUAGACCUAAGAGUUAAAAAAAACCAAAAUCUCAAGAUACUAGAAACAACUAGAAAGAGAAUAAUGUAAGUGCAUUUGAAGACCAUCUGUAACGUGGUUCAUCAUCCGUGUGUCUGGAGAUGUUCAGGUCUGUCACAGCCACCUCAGCUGCUGUGCUUACGUCCAUCUUCCUGCACCACUGGAAUCCAUUGAGCUGUUAUGACUGGAUACCAACACCCACAUUCCUACGGUGCAGGACAAGCCUUAGGGGUGGUGCCAUUUGCAAGAGCCAAUGUCAUGCAAAACAACUGAUUUCACAUUAUUAAGUUUCUCUCUCUCUUGUAUACACACCAUUUUUCUAAACAUUCAGUUUCACUCACUUUAGAAGGCUUCUGAAUGAGACAAUCUCUUGACAUUUGUUUCUGUAGUAUUUGUUAUGACGGUCACAGCAUAAAGCACAGACAGCUGUGACCUGAUUUUGUAAAAUAUUGUUAGAAACAAAGGAUUGGUCUCAAUCAUGGAAACAAAUAAACAAACCUUUCAGACCACCA